AUGCACAUGAGGCACAGUAUCGGCGACGCGUUUUGCUCAUCAGCACUCGGCGCUCAAGAAGACGUGUGCUCAACGCUGACUGUCAGCUCGCAAAAUUCUGGAGUUGAACAACUGAGAAGCUCAGGCAGCGGAAAUAUAUUCAGAGAAGCGGGUUCUAGUAAACGAACAUUUAUUUUCUAUAGUAGUACUCGACCGGUUUUGCCUUAUGUUACGCAUUACUCGGAUUCGGGUUUUGGUUCGGCGCCGUCGGCCGGCUCAAGUUGCUCAUAUCUUCCACCACCUCCACCAUACCGAUUACGACCUACCCGACCGCAGCACAAGAUUCAUCGAAGUCUCAGUGAUUCCAAGUAUACGGGAUGUUUAAUCAAUAGUUUGGUACCUAUGAUGCCCCUACCUUUGAUGUCAUCCCCGUUGAAUAUGCUCCAGCAGCAGCAACGCGGUGCUCGUGGCGCCAGCUGGAAUAGUCUGAGCCCGUCGCCUUCGAUGUCAACAGUCUCGUGCCCUGAGUACCCAGAAUUGCAAGAAAAGCUUCACAGACUUGCUAUGGCUCGAGACAGUCUUCAGUUACAAGUGUCAGUGCUCAGUGAGCAGGUUGGAGCGCAGAAGGAAAAAAUACGUGAUCUCGAGAACCUUCUAGCCAUCAAGAGAAACAAUCUCACAUCAACUGAAGAGCUCCUUCAAGAGAAGUAUCAUCGUAUUGACGACAACAAAGAGCUGGAGUCAAAGAAAAUGGACCUUCUUGCCGAGGUUUCGACGCUGAAACUCAAAUUUGCGACACUUGAGCGUGAGAAAAAUGAGACCGAGAAGAAGCUGCGACUCUCACAGAACGAAAUGGAUCAUGUCAACCAAUCCAUGCAUGGAAUGGUUGUUCAACAGCAACUGCAUCAGACAAACGGCUAUCCGUACAUGUCACCGUUGAGAGAACAUCACGGAGAGAAGCAAGAUGAGGAAAUGACACAGCUUCGACAUACUGUGCAAAGAUUGAUGGCCGACAAUGAGCAAAAGUCGAUGCAGAUCAACAAUUUGAAAUGUGCUUUAGAUGAGCAAAUGCGUUCAAGAUCGCAACAAGAAGAGUUCUAUGCGAGCCAACGAUGGGGCGAACAAGGGCCAUUUGAUGUCAACGCACAGAUUCGACGGCUAUUAAUGGAUGAACCGUCCGAUGCGAUCUCACAUUCAACCUCAUUCCCAGUGAGCUUGGCCUCAACAAACAGCGUUGGAAAAACUCCUCGAAGUACAGUUCAAUCAUCGUCAUCAUAUACUUCAUCACUGUCAGCUGCUUCUCCUCAGCACAGUUGGUCAAACGCUGGAACUCCACGACAUUUGCAUCCGGUGUCAGCAAAUCAGCGUUUAAACAAUAUGCCGCAAUACCGAUCUCCUUCCAGUCCAGCGGCUCGUCAAUUGGCAGCCGAACUUGACGAACUUCGACGAAUGGGAAUCGAAGCAAAUAGCUCACCGCAUAAUUAUUCCACAGUUAGUUUGCCGAGAGGUGUUGGCAAGGCAUCGUCUACCCUUACUCUUCCAGCGAAGAAGCUCUCGAUCGCUUCAGGAACAUCCGCUGGUGAGUUAGGCUCGUCGAGCAGUAUUGCUCUGCCGCCGAAACGCAAUUACCGGUCGCAAGUGAAUCGUUGGAUCACUGAGAAACUGAGGCGGACAAAACGAGCUCUUAGUGCUCCAAAUUUAGUUGAAUCCGAUGAUGAAGUGGCGCGCGGUCGUCACUCCAACACUGCAUCACAACAAAACCUCAAGUCGUUCUCGCGAGACCGAACACGUUCCUCGCUUCGCAAUAUCUUCAGUAAACUGACUAGAUCGACAUCACAAGAUCAGAGCAACGCAUUCCGACGUGGAAGCGCCGCGAGAUCAACAUCAACCGCUCGGUUAGGGUCUGGUUCACUGAAUGGCUCAAUUUCGAAAAGACCGCCACUUUCUCAAUUUGUUGAUUGGCGAUCAGAACAGCUGGCAGAGUGGAUAGCAGAGAUUGGUUAUCCGCAAUACUACCAUGAUGUUGCCAAGCACGUUCGCAGUGGGCGUCACUUCCUGAACAUGAACUCUCAUGAACUGGAAUCUGCGUUAUGCAUUAAAAACUCAAUCCAUCGCAAACGGGUAUUGCUCCUUCUUCGCCGAAUUGAGGAGGAUAUUGUUGAGCCGGCUAACAAAUGGGAUGUUCAUCAAACCCUCCGUUGGCUUGAGGAUAUUGGUCUUCCUCAAUAUAAAGAUACUUUUGCUGAGAAUGUCAUCGAUGGUCCAAUGCUACUGGCAUUGACUGCUGCAGAUGUGAUCGAGAUGAGGAUUGUAAACGCUCAUCACUACACCGCAUUGGCAAGGAGUAUCCAGUUCUUAAAACUGACAGACUUCCGUUUCGAUGCUCUUGAGAGAAAACUAGAUCCGAAUGUUAUCGACCGCUAUCCAUGUCCGGAUUUGGUGGUUCGUUGGAAUCAUCAAGCAACAUGCGAAUGGCUUCGCAAGAUUGAUCUCGCCGAAUUCACACCGAACCUCCUUUGCGCUGGUGUUCCCGGAGCAUUGAUGAUCUAUGAACCGACAUUCACGGCUGAAUCGCUGGCUGAGAUUCUUCAAAUGCCGCCACACAAAACGCUGUUGCGCCGGCACUUGACGUCGCAUUUCAAUCAACUUCUCGGCCAAAAGAUUAUCGCCGAUAAACGCGAUUUUCUCGCUAGCGAGAAUUAUCCGCAAAUUUCGCCGACUAUCCGAAUCAAGAUAAUCCGUAAAGGAUUCUCAUUGACCAGAAAGAAGGCAAAGAAUGAAAUAUGUCUGGAGCCUGAUGAGCUUUUAUGCCCACAUUCAUUGAAUCACAAGUACCCGACAACGAAUGCUGACACCAGCUCGUUGGAAUCCUCAAACGUGUAG